AGAACUAUCCAGCUCCUACCGCACACCAUAUUGAUCCUCCGUAUCCAUCCCCCUUGCACCCAGCCUCCACAUCCAGCCUCCACAUCCAGCCUCCGCGUCCUCCGCUUCCUCCGUAUCGAUCCUCCGCAUCCUUCUUCCAUCUCCAUCCCCCUCGCAUCCAGCCUACGCAUCGAACCUACGCAUCAAGCCUCCGCAUCGAUCCCCCCAUCGCAUCGUCAUCGAAAUCUCCAGAACCUUACGGUAUUUUCAUCGACCAACAUGAAAGCCGCCCUUCUGUUUUUGCUACUAGGAGCGUGCACAGGAGAAUCCCCCGUGCAGGUCUCGAAUGGUGCCGAACAAUCCCCUCGUCACCGCAGGGGGCUGUCCCCUUGGUCAUCUAGAAAUGAUCCCUAUGAAUGUUUCAAUGAAUAUGGUUCAUCAUCAUCAAGUAAAGACUAUUUUUUCGGUUUUUCAGGACAAGAUAUAGGUGACUUUGGUGGUGCCAUUGGAACGUUACCGGUUUGCCUCAUCGAGGUGGAAAGUAAUCCAGUCACAAAUUCCAUGUCUACUCGUCCGAUGCGCCCAAGCCUCGGUAAUGGGAUCAUCGGCCUUUCGCCUUCCUGUUCGUUCAGCGGAGAUACUCCAACAAGGUGUAACAACAACGAAACAGAUGUCAUUUCCUCCCUAGUGAAGUCUGGUUCCAUUUCUAGUUUUCAAUUUACUAUGUGCUUUGAAGAAAAUGGAGGCAACUUAUAUCUCGGACCUGGGCAGUACCCCGAAUCGACCAAGUGGUUCCCCGCGAAUCCAUUCAUAGCAUCCGGUGGAGAGGGCCCAUUUUGGAGUUUGAAAGGGCCAAGUGAUGGAAGUUCUGUUGGUAUUCUUGCGCGUGGUUCUGAUGGUCAUGAAACGUCCAUUGGGGAAAUAACAAGCACUGAAUAUAAUGAGGGUUGGGUUUGCGUUGAUAGCGGAACCUAUGGCUUUAUAUUUCCACAAAAGUUCAAUUCUAUGAUCUUAAGGAAAAUUGCGAAUGUUUGGGCGGAUGACGAAGAAGCUACACAGAUUUUCGCCUGUUAUUCUGUGGAUUGCAUGCUAAAGGUACUAGAAAAGCUUCAACAGUCUCUUGAGCUUCGAAAGGAAGAAGCAGAUCACCUCAAUUCUCUUGUUCCAGACCUUGUUUUUCGAGGUUUUGACGGAGGCGACAUUGUAGUUGAUGGAAGUUUGUUGUUGUACGAGACAUACCCUUCCAGUGGAAUUUAUUUACAAUCAUGGCAACCCGGCAAUGAACUUUGUUUUGGAACUGGCUUUCUUUUGUACAAGACUGUGGUGUUUGACAACAGUGAACCUUCAACCCCAAGAAUUGGUAUUGUGUCUGAAGAAGGUGGGGAUUGCAAUGAACACGACUACAGUGAAAAAGGAAAUAUUGUUAAGAUGUCAGCACCGGGAGGCCUAUCAAACUUAUUACAGUCUGGAACAUACCUAGGAGAGAUUGAGUUUGGAGGGCAAACGCAACUUGUGCAGCUAGAUACCGGAUCUCAAAUGUUCAUGCUUCCAAACAAACCAUCCUGCAUGCAGAUGGAUGCGUGGCCAGAUUCGUGUCUCAACAUAUUUUGGGUUGGUGACGGCAUCGUAUACGCAUAUGUCAACAAGGAUGAUGGCAAAUGUUCAAAGUACGCUCCCCUGAUAGCUAGUAGUAACUACGACUCCCAACUUACCCUCGAUGGCUUUGUCGGCUAUUAUGUCGGCCCGCCGGUAGAUUUCCUUCGUACCUUGAUGGAAGUUCAACCUUUUGCAGAAUGCCAACCGCUAAGAGCAUAUUGUGGGRAAAAAAAAGGAUAUCGCAAAGACUUGUCUCCGUCUUUCCAUUAUUUUCCAAUAGGUUCGAACCUCACCUUGGGCGAAUGGAAAAAACCACCGGAUCAACUUUCUCCAAGUGUUGUUUCUGCCUUUGCCAGUGACAUUGGCAUUGAAGUAACCUGUAGCAUGACUGGUGCGCCGAGUGACGAGGACGGCGGUGAAUCUGAUCAUGAGGAGGAAGGAGGUAAAAAGAGUAAAAAAARCAAAGGGAAAGGCACAACAAGUAACAAGCGGAGCAAAGGAAGUAAGAAAAAGUCUCCGUCCUAGCCCCGCUGGGACUCCGAGUUGUAACGCUGUUUUCUGGUCAUCCUACUUUCAAGCUAUCACCAGCUCUACCCACCAAAACCCCUAGUGCCAGAGGAGGGAAAGGCUGCAAUCAUUUGGCAACGAAGGUACAGACUAUUAGUACUAAUGGCAUAAUACAACAAAGCAGGUAUGGCGGCAAAGCUUGGAGAGGGCCUUGAAUUUGUUCACGUCCCAGUUAAUACUUCUUCGUACACGAUCAUCCGAAGAACACGGUAUUCAACUGCUUCGAUGAUGCCAUUACAAUUUGGACAGAGCAUCGUUUUCCAAUGCUCGGUUACAAAUUACGAAAMACUUUUGGUGUAAGCGUUUGGGCGUCGUGGUUGCGAAGCGCUGUGGGUGCCACGCAAUAAUAAAUUAGAUUAGCA